CAUUUGCAGAUCAAAGUUUCAGUGUCUUCAGGAGGGGACUGCAUUCGUACCUAUAAACCUGACAUCAAGAAAGGCAGAUAUAAUACCAUUAUACUUAAUGUGAAAACAGAUACCCCUGAUAACCUAUUAUUUUACCUUGGAAGCAAUAAAUUUACUGAUUUCUUAGCCAUUGAAAUGAGGAAAGGAAAAGUCAACUUUCUGUGGGAUGUGGGAUCAGGAGUUGGAAGAGUUGAAUAUCCUGAACUGAAUAUUAAUGAUCAAUACUGGUACAGAGUUGAAGCUUCUCGGUCAGGAAUUAAUGGAACCAUUUCAGUUUUAGCACUUGAAGGACCUAAAUCCAGUAUGGUGCCCAGUAUAUACAGCUCCACCGCACAGCCUGGUUAUACUAUUCUGGAUGUUGAUGCAAACGCUUAUCUUUUUGUUGGUGGUUUGACUGGAAAAGUAAAGAAGACAGAUGCAGUAAAAACAACAACAUUCUCUGGUUGUAUGGGUGAAACAUUUCUUGAUAAUAAGCCAAUAGGAUUGUGGAAUUUCAGGGACCGAGAAGGAGACUGCAAAGGAUGCUCAAUUAGUCCACAGGUAGCAGACAGUGAAGGAACAGUUCAAUUUGAUGGAGAUGGAUAUGCACUGGUUAGCCGCCCCGUUAGAUGGAACCCCAAUAUAUCUACAAUUGUGUUCAAGUUUAAAACAUUUUCAUCAAAUGCACUGUUAAUGUACCUAGCAACAAAUGACUUGAAAGAUUUCAUGAGCAUCGAGCUGAGUGAUGGGCGAAUAAAAGUUAGCUAUGAUCUGGGAUCUGGCACAGCCUUUGCAGUCAGCAACAAAAAUCAUAAUGAUGGCAAAUGGAAAUCACUCACUCUCUCCAGAAUACAAAAACAAACCAAUUUUUCUAUUGUGGAUGUGGAUACAAAUGAAGAGGACAAGGUAACCACCACAUCCACUGGAAGUAAUUUUGGUCUGAAUUUGAAAGCUGAUGAGAACAUAUAUUUUGGUGGCCUGCCAGUACUGAGAGGCUUAAGGUCAGAAGUUAGUAAAAAUAAAUAUGCUGGAUGCCUAAAAGACAUUGAGAUCUCCCGAACACCAUACAACUUACUUAGCAGCUCUGAGAACAUAGGAUUAACCAAGGGAUGUGCACUUGAGAGAGUAUAUGUAGUAAGUUUUGCAAAGCCUGGAUAUGUAGAAGUACCACCAGUAUCACUGGACCCUGGGACAGAGAUUACAUUGUCGUUUAGCACUAAAAAUGAAUCUGGAAUGAUUUUAUUUGGAAAUGGAGGAAAUCUUUUUUCUACAAGAAGGAAGCGUAGGCAAAGUGGACAGGUAUUUUAUGCAGUUCUUUUAAGAAAAGGGAGGUUGGAAGUUUCUGUCCCUGGACCUAAAGACAUACAUCGAAUAACCAUUAGACCUGAGAAGGGAGAAUUUCAUGAUGGUAAAGAACACUCUAUCCGGAUUGAAAGGUCAAGAAAUGUUUUUACCGUGCAAGUUGAUGAAGAUAGAAGCCAGACACUGAAGAUGCCAGCAGGUCAUUCAUUAAGCGUGAAAAAGCUCUUUGUAGGUGGGAUCCCAUCUGAUGCUCAGCCUACAAUGUUCAAGGGUGUUCCACCAUUUGAGGGAUGCAUAUGGAACCUUCUCAUCAAUGCAGUGCCAAUAGACUUUGCUCAGCCUGUAUCUUUUGAGAAUGCAGAUAUUGGAAGAUGUCCUACGUUGGUGCCUGACAGUACACUUGAGGAAGAUAAAGAGAAAAAACGUUACUCAAGCAUUAGUCCUCCCUCGACCUGAAGCAACCACUGCACCAAAGGUCAUUCCAGCAUUUCCACCUUCUGUUCCACCUACUGGCUGUGCAGCUGAAAAAAAGCCGGAGAUUAUCACAGGAGGAAAGCAGUUUGGCCUGUCCAGGAAUAGCCAUUUGGCAUUUGCAUUUGAUGACACAAAAGUGAAAAACAAACUUUCCAUAGAACUUGAACUUCGCACUACUGCCGAUUCAGGCUUGCUGUUUUACAUGGCUCGUAUCAACCAUGCUGACUUUGCCACUGUUCAGAUUAAAGAUGGAAUGGCCCACUUUAGAUAUGAUCUUGGAAGUGGAGAUACCACCACAAUGGUUCCUCAAAAAGUUAAUGAUGGAGAGUGGCAUAAGAUAAAUAUAUUCAGAACAAAGCAGACAGGAUAUCUGUUUGUUGAUGGAAUUGCAAACAGCACAAACAGUCCAAAGAAAGCAGACAUCCUGGAUGUGGUGGGCAUGCUCUAUGUUGGUGGACUGCCUAUUAAUUAUACUACCAAACGAAUUGGCCCG